AAGUUUUGACAUGCAACGAAGAAGCAUAACAUAAACUGUUAAGCACAAAGAAUACCGAUGGAUAUCAAAGAGCCUCAUGGUGGAUGGGAUAAGCUAUGGGUAGAGGGACGCACACUGUGGGAUUUGGGAGAAGCAACUCCCAUUGUUGUCCAUCUCUGCGAAACGGGUUCAUUGCCUAAUGGAAGAGCUUUGAUUCCUGGAUGCGGCACCGGUUAUGAUGUAGUUGUGAUAGCAAGCCCUGACCGGUAUGUUGUUGGACUCGAUUUUUCAAAAACAUCAGUAGAAAGAUCAAAAAAGAUGUUCUCUUCGUUGCCUAAUUCAAAACAUUUCUCCUUCUUGGAAGAAGACUUCUUCACUUGGGAGCCAAGCGAAAAAUUCGACCUCAUUUUAGACUACAACUUCUUCUGUGCCUUUGAACCUAAAGUGCGACCUCUAUGGGCAAAGCGUAUGCAAGAACUUAUGAACCCGGGAGGAGAGCUUAUAACGUUAAUGUUUCCUUUAGAUGAUCGAGUUGGUGGACCUCCUUACCAAGUAUCAGUCUCAGCCUAUGAAGAGCUUUUGAUUCCCUUAGGAUUUGAGGUAAUCUCUAUUGUGGAUAAUGAACUUGCUGCAGACUCACGCAAGGGAAUAGAAAAAGUUGGCAGAUGGAAGAAGAAGAAGAAGAGGUCAGAGUGAUAAUUUCAUCAUUACCGUCAGAAGAAGUCACAUUCACAUGGCUCUUUACAUCAAUAAAGAUUACAUUUUUGGGUUUCCUAUAGUCAGAAAAACCGAAUGUAAUAUUUACACGUUUAAGUAAUUGAAAAAAAAAGGGGUCUUUGUUGGUGAAUAUGGCUUACCUA